AGCAACUGUAUUGAAGAUAUUUCUCUACCAAAGGCUCUAGAAUUUCCUUAUCAAGUCUCCAAUCUAUCAAGCCCUUGGAUCGAAGACAUGCCUCUCUUCCUGGUAGAGAGUUCAGCCUCGAGCAAGCCGCAGUCGUCAGCCUCGCCAAACCAAGCCACCCCUAAAACACACCCAGCUUAGCCUCGGCCCCAGAUUCCCAUUGAGACAACAACAAAGCAACGCUUCACAAUGCGACCACGAAUUCUAUCUCUCUCAUCUUCGCUACCUAGAAUUGUGCGGCGGGCGUAUUCUGCACAGGCAGAGCGCUUGAUAAAGAUCCAAGACCUCCCCGCCCCACACACAGGCCGCAUAAGGAUCCUCACACUCUCCCGGCCUUCUGCUCGAAACGCCAUCUCCGUGGCCCUCCUCUCCGAGCUACGGGAUGCUGUCUCCUCCAUCGCCUCCGAAUACACCCCUGAAGGCAAUGAAGCACCACCGACAAAGAUAUACGGAGGAGCGGCGGGAGUAGAUGAGAGGGGACCGACGAGAGCCGUGAUACUGGCCAGUGAUGUCGAUAGCUGUUUCUGCGCUGGCGCUGAUUUGAAGGAGCGGAAGGGUUUCACAGCAGCCCAGACAGCAAAUUUCUUGGAGAAUUUAAGAGGAACGUUUGCGGAGUUAUCCUCCCUUCCAAUCCCAACCAUCAGCGCUGUCUCCUCCCUCGCCCUCGGUGGCGGCCUCGAACUGGCCCUCUGCACACACCUCCGCGUCUUCGCUUCCACAGCCCAAGUCGGGCUCCCCGAAACCCGACUGGGCAUAAUCCCCGGCGCAGGAGGGACCUACCGCCUCCCAGCCUUGAUCGGACUUGGUCGAGCGCGAGAUCUGGUCUUGACUGGGAGACGAGUGAGUGCCUCAGAGGCAUACUUUCUUGGUAUUGCGGAUCGACUUGUGGAGGUCGUGGAAAAGGAUGAGCAAGGAGGGAAGGAGGGAGGGAAGGAGGAGUUGAUGAAAAGGGCGAAGGAAGAGGUGUUGAAAGAGGCUGUUAGACUUGCUGGUGAGAUAUGUGAGGGUGGGCCAGUGGCGGUUAGGAGUGCGUUGCAGGCUGUCGGGUAUGCGAGGGAGGAGGUUGAGAAUAAGAUGUAUGAAAGAGUUCUGGGGACUAGUGAUAGGGAUGAGGCAUUGCUUGCUUUUAGGGAGAAGAGGAGGCCGGUUUUUACAGGCAGGUGAUGAGGUGUUCAUCUCCUUCAUGGCAUUUGAGAGGAGAAGUGUCUUGGACUUCGGCUUCAAGUUUGAGUGUCCUUGUACGGUGCACUGAGAAUGUUGCUUCUCGAGAUGCGAACUCAGACAGUCAAUUCAUCCGAACUCCGGCUUACGGGAAGCCAGAGACAGGCAAGGCCUCGUUCCCAUCUGAACAUAUUCAAUGUCCCAUCUAUUCCUA